ACACGUUAACAUUCUAUAGAUAGAAUGCAGUAAAUGGAGAUAACAAGUGUUCAAAAUAUUAGGUUUCUUGAGCUUAAAACUAGAUAAAGAUUUAAAUAACUAAAUAACAAGUAGGCUGGAGAUUAAAAAACGUUAACAUUCUAUAGAUAGAAUGCAGUAAAUGUUUGUGCUUAUCUGCCUUUGCAGCUGUAUCAUUUUCUUUGAUUAUUAAGAGCAGAAACUUGACACUUUAACUUUUGGGAUGAAUGAUGAUUAGUAAUUUUGAAAUCUGGAGUUAACCUUUUUGAAGUCAGCUUAUUUGCACCCUUGGAUUUUGAAAAGUUUGCUACAUAUGUAUCUCAGUGCUUUAGCUAUGGUUUACAUUUAUAUCUGCCUGCAUCCUAAAGUUAGCUUAAUUUGCCUUUAGUAUCUUUUCAUGUGUCAAAUUUGUUAGAUAAAUGUUGCAAAUAUUCAAAAAAAAAUAAAAAUUGUUAAAUAAAUAUGCCAACAGAUGUACCGGAUAAUUAACGUCUCCUGGUGUUAGAAAUAAAUGAAAAUUAGUAGAUAAACAUACAAGUAAUUAAAUAUUUAGGAGGCUAGAGAUUUAGAAAAACAUUAAGGUACCAAUCAAAAUUUUGACAAUAGCUAUUCUUACAGAAUGGAAAAAUGUAAUUAACAAUAGCAAUUCACGAAAUUCCUAUUGAAAAAUAUAUUAACUAAAAUAACACACGAAAAUUGCUUAAAAUAUAGGCAUCUAGCUUAGUGUAGAUAUUUGUAUUAAAGAGAAAUUAGCCAAGAUUUUAUGUGUAUAAAUAAGUUUGUAAAUAAACUAAUUGCUAGCUAAUACAACUCAAGUUUGUCUUAUUUUUAAUGAAGUUCUACUCGGUUUACUAAUAAUUCCUCGAGAUUGAACACAAAAACUUUUUGAUUAGUAGACGAGUCUGUUCCAAACUUCAUGUAUGCUUAAGUCGAGAUCAUCCCAAUCUCUUUUACCUCGUCUCCACUCGUAUAAUUUAACUAAAAUUUGAAAAUUUUAUAACAAUUAUGAUUAUCAAUUAUGUUAAAUAAAACUAAAAUUAAUAUAAAUUAUUCUGAUGUAUGAUAUUAACAUUAUAGUAAUAUAUACGAUAUAUCCAAAAAGUAAUUACUUAAAUAUUACAAUAGUCGUUAUUUAUCAAAGCUAACACUUAUCAAACAAUAUAUAAGAUACUAUUAAAAAUUUAAUAAAAGAGAACUUGUAACAACAUAAAAUAACUAAGAAUCAAAACAUAUUCUGAUAAAUAAAAGAAUCUAAGAUAGUUAGAAUCAAGAAUCAAUUAAAUAAACUCCCAAUUCAGUUUGAUAUUCUAUCUUAAUUACUGUUUAAUUUUGCACUUCUACUGAAGUCUGCAUGUCAAAGAUUCACUAUGAAUCACCCUUGUAAAUUGUAAUGCAUUUCUUUACUAUGUUCGGUUUAUCAGAGCCUAUACUAUUAUCACUAAAAUCUUUAAUAUGUGCUUAGCUAAAGAGUUUUGAGGAAAACAAGAAUGCAGUUUCAAUUUUACGGAAUCAGACAGACAGAAAUUGUGUAUUCUUUUACAUGUAGACUCACAUAGUCACAUUAAUAGCUGUUUGUAGGCAGUAGCUAUAGAGCCCUGUUAUAUUUUAAGAGCAGUUCUCUGUUAAGGUUAAUAUCCCUUUAGCAUACUGCAUGAGUGCAUGUUACCUAUACAAAAGAUCAUGAUUUUGUGGAUGCGGUUUAUAUAUUUCAAAUUCAAAUUAAUAUUAGUUAUUAGUCAUUGUCUAAAUAUUUGCUAAUUUCUUUUAUUUGCAUUAGGAAGCAUGUGCAGUAUGAUAUGCUCUGUGACAAUGGCAAUCCUGUUUCAAGACAUAAGUUACAUAUAUCUGUUAUUAACAACAUCAUCUGUUGUUAAUGGAAUUCAAAAAAUAUACCUAAAUUUUUUUAAAGUUUUUUUUAAUCUUUUUAACGGAUUCCGUUAAAGUCAACUGAUACUUAACGGCGCAGUGACCUAAAUGCAAGUUUUUAUUAGUUCAGUGAGUUGACUGCAAGUUAAAUCUAGUUCUGUGAUCCAUUUGCAAGCUUUUUGAGUUCAGUGACUGAAUUGCAAGUUGAUCAUGAGUUCAGUGAUCUUUUUGCCUAUUAACCCUCUGUUUAAGGAAUAAAAUCCAUCUACUUCACUACCUACUUUAUAAGAAUUAAAAAAUAGCGGAAACUUUGCAUAUAUAGAUGUUCUUACAAAGUUUAGUCUUCUUCUCACUGCAUCAUUGUUAUCAAGUCGACGACUAGUUUCGUCGACUAGUCAACGACUAGUCGGCAAGUUGUUUUAUAGAAAAAGUCAAGCAACGACUUAUUCGGUCUGGCGACUUAUGAGUUUUACCUGACCCGACACCUGGUCUGAUCAGAAACUUCAGAAGUAAGGGUUUUUCAAGUAAAAUCUUAUGUGAUUUUGUUAUGAAAAGAAAGAUAAGACUUUGGGAGGCUACAUGAGGUCCGACUAACAGACCUGUCACCUGUGUGUAAGCCCUGAUUACCUGCUCCGGCUACGUAAUCUUUGUAUCAUUUUCAACACAUCAGUAUAUCCCUAAUCUAUCUUUAUAUCAUUUCAUCUUCACAUUGUUAUUUCUUUCCUGUCACUACUUUUUUGCUUCAGACUAUGUAAUCUUUGUAUCAUUUUCAAAUAUCAGUAUAUCCAUAAACUUUAUAUCAUUUCAACUUCACAUUAUUAGUUCCUUCCUAUCUCUACUUUCUGGGUUCACUUUACAUGUGAUCUAACAAUCUGCUAUAACCUGUACAUCUCACUAUUGCUUAUUAUCUUUUACUUUUGAUUAUAGACUGAUGUGUGUUCAACUAUAUUUUAUUUGUUAAAUCUAGUAAAAAUAUGUAUAUGAAUGACUUGUCGACUUUUUACGACUAGUCGAUUCCAAGGUAUCAGGGCGCCGAGACUCGACUUGGUGCCAUGAUAAACUUGCACCGCAUCUUCUCUUGUUUUGUUUUUUUUCCUCAUUCGUAUAUGGAAAGAUAUAGUACUUAAUUUAUAUGUUAUAGAAAAUAUGGCUACAAUUAAUAAUCUUCCAAUGAAGCUUACCUUAUUCCUCUCUGAGGAAUAAUGCCUUUUCUUUGUCUAUAUCUUGGCCUUCUAUAAUUAAAAUCGUUGAUAGAGCAUCACGUUCGUAGUAAUAUAUCCUCCAUCUUCGGUGAAAUUUAAAGCCCAACCCGAGAGAAACCAAUUUCUGUUGCUAUCAUAUCGCACUCAACUUUGCCACUAAAAUGCUAAUGAUCACCAUCGAAGCCUUGAUGAGGGACCAGUUUCAGUUUGAACACCACUACACAAGAAAUCUUCAGUGGAGUUCCUUUCUUCUUUUUAAAAUAUUUUUCUUCAGAAGUCGAUGAUUGUAUGGCAGAAUUUUUCCCUAAUGAGUUGAUUAGAUGACAGGUUUAAGAAUGAAAGGAAUGUUAAACUCCCAAGCUCACGGGACUAUUCCAUCAAACUUGUUGAGUGAGAGGUCUAAAGCUUCAAGUUGUUUUAAGUUUCCAAAUGAUGAUGGAAUUGAGCCAGCUGAGCAGACACGCUGAAAACACCCUCAUUAUCAAGACUCAGCCCAUCAUCAGCAACGACUCAUUUCUUUUACACGACUAAUCGAAGGGGCCUUCUUUUCCUGUUUCCACAAUUUCUCCAGUGACUAACUACUGAAAAGAAUGGCGGAGUCUAGUAGGAAGAAGAUUGCUCUUAGUAAAGAAGAUAGAAUAAGUGAGCUGCCUCUGCACAUACAAGAGAUUAUCCUCUGCUUUCUGCCCAUACAAGAUGCUGUGAGAACCAGCGUCUUGUCAAGAAAAUGGAGGCAUUGUUGGACUACGAUUCCAAAUCUAAUCUUUGAUCAUCGACUCAGCAGCUUCCUGAGAUUAGAUCGUUAUGAUGGGGGUCACGUGAAGGCGAUUAAAUUUGUUAGUGUAGUAAAUAAACUUCUGCUACUCCACAAUGGUCCAAUCCUCAAAUUCUCCUUCAUCUGUCCUAUGAGCUUCGAUGCUGAAGUAGUUCAUGAUUUUAUCGAUCACUGGAUUCCAUUAUUCUCAAGGAAAUGUACCAAGCAACUUAUUCUAGAGGAGGACAAUGAGGCUGGAAACUUUAAGGCACAUAAUUACUCUUCUUUGGAUCUGACCCAUUUAAGGCUUGGAAGAUCUCUUUUUCCCCAUAGCUCUGCAUUUGGAGGAUUUGUUAAUCUGAUAAAGCUUGAGCUAGUUAAUGUUGCUUCUAAUUUUGGACAAACUAUUAUUGUUUGCCCUGCGCUUGAGAAGCUGACCUUGAUAUGUUGCAGUGAAAUCUUCCCUGUUAACUUUCGUGCUCCUUCUCUCAAAUGCCUACAUCAAGUACAUUACGGAGUAAGCUUUGAGUAUGAUUUUAUGGGGUUAGAAAACCUUACAGAGCAUUCUUACGUCUUGGUUAGAAAUCCAGAAACGCGGACAAAAUCAUCCAAUGUGGUCAAGGUCCUGGGCAGUUUACCAAAAAUUGAGAAGUUCUCUACAGGAAUUGAUUUUCUUAAGUACUUGGCUGGAGGAGGGUGCCCAAAUAGACUUUCUCAACCACCACCCUACCUGAAGACACUAAACAUCUGGGAUAUGAACUUUGCUAAUUUGUCAGAGAUUUCUUGUUUGCUUUGUUUGAUCCGGAGCGCUCCCAACUUGUGCAAACUACAUAUGUCGCACUAUGAGUGUUUCCAUGACGAGGAUUGCGAGUGUGCUGGUAAAGAGGAUCUUAAGCAUUACUUGAUAGAAGAUUUUGAAGACUGUACUAUUGGUCAUCUUGAAAUUGUCACAUUCAGUAAUUUCAUGGGUAUUAAAACUGAGCUCGAGGUAGUCAAGUUUCUAUUAGGCCACAGUCCGUUGUUGAAAACAAUGUGCAUCCACUGUGGAAAAGGCAUGAAAGAGGAUGUAGCAUUAACAAUGAAGAAAGAGAUUAUGCAAUAUUCUAGAGGUUCAUCAAGAGCACAAAUCAAAUACUUGGAACACCCCGUUAUCGUUGAUGAUUUUGAUUUCGAACUUUGGCUUGAAAUAUUUGAAAUGUAAUCAUAUAUUUGCCCGUUUUGUAGCCAGCUUUUAGGGCACAUGAGUUUACUUAACAAGACAGUCAGAUGACUCAGAUCAUGGAUGAAGCAAAAUAUGUAUUCGUAAAUUUUGCCAGCUUUCUGUGCUUUAUGUUUCACAAAGAGACAAACCAUUGUGCUUUUGUGUUCCUCUUUCUCUUAGGGCCUUGAUAACUAAUCAAUUGUACACUUUUGUUUC